UCUUCAAUCAAAUUCCUGAAAUGUGAUCGGAUCGUGUCGAUGUGUUUGUUGAUCUGAUCGCGAUCUUGUGAUUGUGAUCUUGUGAUCUUCGAUGUGCUCGGACCAAGAUCAGGCGUGUGGCAAAAAAAAAAAAAAGAAAAAAAAAAAAGGCUUUGCUUGUUCCGUGGGCAAAGUGCCUGCCUAUACACAGUACGUAGCAGCUUCCAUGUAAAUCAGAUGCAAGUCACCAACAAGUAACCGCUUCAUAUCGGACAAAGUUUUACUUUCUUUGACCGUGUUUAGAGCUAGUUACUACGUAGACUUGAGGCUCCACUGCUCCCGCACGGUUCCACUCGAUUAGCGGGGGCGGGCGGCAAAGCCGGCUCCGGGGUUUUGGGUUCCAAGGUUCGCGGUCAGCGAUGUUUUUGGUAAGUUGUUCUCCUCCAAGCGCGAGCCAUUGGUCAUUGGCACACCGGUCGAGCAAUGGAUGCAAUUUCUCCAGGAAGAGCCCGCGGGUUAGCACGAUGUUAAACGGAUGCCUUCCAUGUUUCCUUCUUCUCGAGAGGGUCAGUGGCGCGGGUAUGAGUCAUGCCUCCGGGUUAUAUUAAGGAGCAUUGGGAGCGGGCAUUUUGCAUUUUCAAGUCGAGUUGAACGACAUCAAGCAAGAAUUGUCCGCCUUCCAGGAUCGUUACUUGUCCGUUCAUCGAAUCACGAAGUGUCUAGCUGAUCGAUACCUUUCAACCAACAUGAAAGUGUCUACUGUUGCGCUGCUUGCCCUCAUCAACGUCGUUGUUGGUAAGUGGUCGAAGAAAACUCCCAAGGAUGGAGAGGCUGGCGGCUGGGAUGAGUGUGCAUAUACGCUUAAAUGUCAAAACGAUUGGGAGUGUUGGCAGACUGUGUCUUGUUCUGGCAUGGCCCUGAAUCAUGAUCCGGAGGGUUACUGUGCGUGUGGUUAUUUAAUGAACCCCUAUCAAUGCUGGUGCUGGACGCCACGGGGUGGUAUUUAAUUGAGAUGUAAAAAAAAAAAAAAAAAAAAAAAAAAAAAAAAAAAAGAGAGA